AUGAGUUUCAAAGAAUAUAGUGUCCAACAGCUACGGUCCAUCGUGAUUUAUGGGUUGGAUAAUGAUCUUUUAUCAUCUGCUGAAUUUGCCGCGGAAAGAUUAGUUGCAGAGACUACGAAUUCUGAUAUGGAUUCAUUACAUUUAUAUGGUCUAGUGCUAUUGAAAUUGAAAAGAUAUAAAGCUGCUUAUAACUUGACAGCUAAUGAAUCUCAUGCUGGAUGUACAUAUGUAUUUGCUAAAGCUGCUCUUGCCCUUGGAAAACCAUUUGAAGGUAUUAGUACAUUAUUUAAAAAUCAAAAUCUUUGGGAAAAUAUACCAUGUUCGCUAAGUUCUUAUUAUGAAUCAAAUAGAUCAUCUUCUCUGAUACCUGAUACAGCUGUUUUUUAUAAUUUACUGGCAAAACUUUUCACUUUGGUGGAUGAUUAUAAAGAAAGUGCAGUUUAUCAUUCAAAAGCUUUGAAAGAAAAUCCAUUUUUAUGGGAAUCUAUAGAAGAAUUAAAUAAAAUGGGUGCAAAUUAUAGAGUUAAAUCAAUCUAUAAAAUUGCAUCUGGUGCUAAAUUUUCUCUAGGUUCAACAAAUGAUACACUAAAUAAUUUUUCACAUUCAAAUAAUGAUCAAUAUAAUCGAGAUCCAUUUGGUGAUUCUUCUAAUUUAAACCCACCUCCAAGAACUACAUUAAAAGCUGAAGGUUUUGAUUUUGGUAAAGCUAUACGAGAGGAAAGCCCUGAAUUUCAAACACCAAGAGUUAAACAAUCAAUACUGCCCAAUGCUCCAACAAGGAAAACAAGAUCAUCAAUAACAAGAUCAGACGCUUUCAAACAACCACCAUCUGUUUCAGUGGGGAGUGAAAGUAUAAAAAGAUCUUCAAGACUGGCUGCUUCAAAAGUUAGUUCAAGAUUAACUGCUCAUCCUCUGUCAAGUGCUACCAAAAAUUCAACAAAUAUGCCACCAUCUAUAACGAGGAAAAAUUCAGGAUCAGAACAUACUUUGAGGAAAAAUAAGAUUUUUUCAUUAUCUUCAAAUUCAUCUACAAGUGAUAGUUCUAAAAAAUCACUUUAUCUGUCAAACGAAGAAUAUGGUGAACAGUAUGUGAUUGGUCUUUAUUCAUCAUAUGCAAAAGGUUUUAAAGCUAUGAGUCGUUAUGAUUCUUUUAAAGCUAUAAGGUUGUUAUCAUCAUUACCUGAAAAUCAUAAAAAUACACCAUGGACUUUAAGUAAAUUAGGUAGAUUACAUUUUGAUAUUGUUAAUUAUGAAGAAGCUUUAGUUUAUUUUAAAAAAUUAAGAGAAUUGGAUCCUACAAGAAUAGAAGAUAUGGAAUAUUAUUCAACUUUGUUAUGGCAUUUACAAGAUUCAGUUGCACUUUGUAAUUUAGCUCAUGAAUUACAAAGUAUACAUAAGAAUACACCAGAAGCUUGGGUUGCUAUUGGUAAUUUAUUUUCAUUAAAUAAAGAUCCAGAUGAAGCUAUUAAAUGUUUUCAAAGAGCUACUCAAAUUGAUUCCAAAUUUGUUUAUGCAUAUACUUUACAAGGUCAUGAAUAUGUUUCAAAUGAUGCUUAUGAUAAUGCUUUGGAAUGUUUUAGAACCUCAUUAGUCUUAGAUCCAAGACAUUUCAAUGCUCUGUAUGGUAUUGGUAUGGUUAAUUUAAAAUUAGGUAAUUUCCAUAUAGCUGAAUUCCAUUUUAGAAAAGCAUCUCAAUUAAAUCCAGUUAAUCCAAUUUUAAUGUGUUGUUUAGGUAUGAUGUUGGAAAAAUUGGGUAAACGAGAUCAAGCAUUAGAACAAUAUGAAUUAGCUGCAAAAUUACAACCAUUAAGUGCCUUACCAUUAUUUAAAAAGGCACAAUUACUAUAUUCUGAAAAUAGAUUUGGUGAAGCACUUGUUGAUUUACAACGUUUAGAAGAAAUAGCACCAGAUGAAGCAAGUGUUCAUUAUUUAUUAGGUCAACUUUAUAAAUAUGGUGGAAGAAAAUUAGAUGCUAUAGUACAAUAUACUGCAGCCUUGAAUUUAGAUCCAAAGGGUGCACCAAUUGUUAAAAUGGCUUUAGAAUCUUUACAAGAUACAAAUCAAGAAUAA